GCUGAGCGAGGCUGGGGCCCUGCGGAGGCGCUGGCGGGUCCCGACCGAGUCCUCCGGGCUGCGCCCGGUCCCCCCACCCCCGGCCGUAGUGCUCGUCCCUGGGGGUGCCGCCUGGCGGGGCGGGGGCGAAGGGCCGGACUGUUGCGCGGCUUCUCUGCAUCAAAAUUUCACCGGGGUGAAAGUGCAUCAGUUGUGAUUGUGUUCUUCCUGUCCAAUACUUUGCAGAGGAAUGCAAGCUUCAAAGACUGAAAAUAGAAGAAAAGCAGAAGCAUUCUACUGGCUGUCAGCAGCAAAGCCUAAGACCAGUUCUGAGAUUGUAAAUGAAGCCAGAGAUGCUCUACGAACAGUAAAAACUCAAAGACCAUUCACACCUACAGAUGAACAAAGGAAACUUCUUGGAUCUCAAUCCUCGCGAUGUCCUCAAAAUAGAUGCCCUCUACUUUUUAGUCUUGAUACAUCCAGUUUUGAUUCAUCUGAAUCAAGACCGAAUUCUGGUGUUCGUCUAAGUCCACUGACUCAUAAACCAGUAGUAAUAAUUUCUGAAAAAAAAGAUGAAGCUUCUUCUGUUUUCCAUCCAACACCACCUGCUGAUGCUGCAGAGGUUAGAAAAGUCAGCAGUGCUUGCAAAGCCUUAUUUAGAGCAACUUCUCUGAAAGAUUUAUUUUCUGCUAAGGUGGUUCCUCUGGAUCAGAAUGAAGUGAAGCUUGAUUUUGAAGAGCAAACUACGAUGAUGAAUAAUCUUGACAGAAGUAAUAAUAACUGCUUAGCAGAACAAAAGUUGUACACAUCAUUUACUGAUGAGUGUAGACAAUUAAUUUGUAAUGAACAUACCAUCAGAUCAGGAAGUGAAGAUUCCAUGGAAGGGACACCAGGAAAAUUUUCACUGCAGCUUCAAGGAGAAAGUGACCAGAUGGAAGAGCCUGGCAAAAAGUCAUCACAGCUGAGGUCUUCAAGCCAGAAGAGAAGAGUAACAGGCUUAAAGGAAGAAACAAGAAUAAAUGAAUGGGAAGAGGAAGAUUUCUUUUGGCAUACAAGGAUUCUACCAAUUCUGCAUGAACUGGAAAAAGGAGAAGACAAUAUAGAACACCUUUGUCUAACUUGUACCAAGCUCCAUCAAGCAUUGGGUGAGGGAAAUAUGCUUGGAAAAAGGUUUAAAAGAAGAAACAUCCUUCUGAAGACAUUAUAUAAACUUGUAGACAUUGAUUCAGAUCCACUUUCCCUGAAGCUGGCAAAGAUUAUUUUGGCUAUGAAAGUAGAUGGAAAAAAUCUUCUUAGUGUUUGCAAGCUAAUAUUUAAAAUUUGUAGGAAUGAAAAAAAUUAUUUCAUCAUUCAAAAUGAUACAUUAUUGGAUUAUUUGUUGCAGGUUCUGUGGAAUGAAGAUCUACAAACAAACCAUGAAGCUCUUGUCUAUUGCAUGGCAGCUAUAAAAGUCAUGUCUGAAAAGGAAGUAUUUCGUUUUAAAAUGAUCAGCAAAGGAGCUGUUGAAAUGCUUCUGGAAUUAAUGAAGCAGAUUAAUAACAUAAAAGAGCAUGACACAUAUUUCUCCAAGUUGGGCCACUUAUUAGUCCAGCUGACAGCCACUCUGCGGAUCCUGGCUAACUGCGCCCUGUCGCGGCGCCAGCUCAGCCCCAGCGGUGCCAUCCCCGAGCUCUGCGUGGCGCUGGAGCAGCGCAGCAGCGACAAGGAUGUGUGCAUCUGGAUUGUCAGCGUCCUCAGCAAACUUUCUACCUACAAUGACUUCUGUGCAGCUUUAGCGGACUGCUCCAGAUGUUACAUUGUAUUUUUAGCCCUGCUAAACAAAUACCAGAAGCAGCAGGAUUUGGUUAUCCGUAUCAUCUUCAUUCUUGGUAAUUUAACAGCAAGGAAUGACCAAUCCCGGGAGCAAUUUUUUAAAGAAAAAGAAAGUGUUAACACCUUGACAUCAUUAUUCCAAACCUACUAUGAACUUGAUUUGAGUGCACUGACAUGGCACCAUGAUAGAAAAGGAAAAAAACACCUAAAGUAUCCGUCAGAAGCAGAAGAUGUUCUGAUAAAACUGAUAAGAGUGCUGGCCAACCUCUCCAUUCACCCUAGAGUAGGCGCAGCUCUGGCAGCUGCCCAUCCUGUUGUAGGAUUACUUGUUACAGUACUAGAAUACAAGUCAGUCGAUGCCUGUGAAGAGCUGGUCAUCAAUGCUGCAACAACAAUCAACAAUUUGUCCUACUACCAAGUGGAGAAUUCUGCAGUUCAAGACAAGAAGCUACACAUUGCUGAAAUGCUUUUGAAGCUGUUAAUGAGUGACAAUAUGGAUGCAGUUGUGGAGGCUGUCAGAGUCUUUGGCAAUCUUUCCCAGCAUCAUGAGAUCCGUGAGUUCAUCAUGCAGAAAAAGAUAUACAAGUUCAUGAUUGCUUUGCUCGAUUCCAAGAACCGAGAGGUGUGUUUUCCUGCCUGUGGAGUUCUGCUCAAUCUCACAGUAGAUGAGAACAAACGAGCUUUUCUCAUGGAAGAAGGAGGAAUUGGAAAGUUGGUUGACUGCUUACAAGACUUUGGGCCGGCAGAUUGGCAGCUCUCGUGUUUGAUCUGCAAAACCCUGUGGAACUACAGCGAGAACAUGGCGAGCACGGCCUCCUGCUUCGGAGGAAACGCCAACGCACUGCUGGUGCUGCUCACAGCGCUUCUAGAUGAAGAGGUAGAGUUGGAGUGCAGCCUUGACAGAGAUAUAAAGGAAUGCCAAAGAGUAUAUUGGGAAAGAGAGUUCAAACCUGUGGCAGAAAAACUUCUUGACAGAAUUCAAAGCCAUCAGUCUUCCAGCUGAGUCUAUCACUCCAUUUUAAUCAGUUGGGCGUUUUUGUCAGGUAAACUGUAUAUUUCUCAUACACCUGUACAUUGCCAGUGGUAAGCUUGUUGGAGAGCAUGACUAUUUAAAAAAAAAGUCAGAAAAGCCUGGCAUUUAUGUACUGGAUGCUAUCUUCUGAAGAGCUUGUAUGAAAUCUUUGCAUGUGUAAUUACUUUUUACAAUAUAACUGAGCUGAUGUAGCAGCUGUUCAGUGUGA